ACAUUAAUAUUUACUUCCAACCUCUAACCACACUUGGUCCACUUCUGCCGAGUUCCGACGAACUUUCAUAUCUUUCAAUUUUCUUCGAAUCUAUGUGAACUUCACAUACCUUUCUGCAGCAAUGGCUUCCCGAUCUGCUUCCUUCAAUUCCCAAACUUCAACUGAAAUUCUAACUAUUUCCCAAAUGAUCGAAUCGCUAUCACAGCUGCACACAAAUCUCUCCACUGCCAUCCAAAAUCGCACCGCCCCACCUCAAUCCGCCGCCAAUCAGAUCGAGGAGGACCAUCAAGACCCCAAUUUCAAGAAAUUGUUGAACAACAUCGAGCAUUUGAAGGAGGCGUUGGAGACGACAAAGGAGCUCGAUAAGCAGCUCAAUGAGCCAAUACACGGCAUAAAAACCAGUCUGGAGGAAGUUAUCAAAAGCGUCAAAGCAUCUCAAAGAAUCGAAGAAACUUUUCUUGAUGCGAUAAGCAAGGAUAUGAAGACGUUGAAGUUCCGGAUCCCUUCUUACCACAAAUUUUCCUUGGCUGGAAUCACAGCCCAUUUGAUUGAUAGAGGGAGUGACACGCCAAGGAAGAGUGAAUUCAAGUUGCCAAAUUUGUAUGCCCACGAGGUGUUUGGUGAAAGUCCUGCUUUUAUAGAAAUUCAGGAAAUGUAUAAUAAUGGGUUCAGUGAUGAUAUUUGUAAGAAGUGUUUUUUGUAUUUUGCUGUGUUUCCUGAAAAUGUUGUGUUAAAGAAGCGGUUUCUUACACAUUGGUGGAUUGGAGAAGGCUUACUGGACCCUUUAGGUAGUGGGAAUCAAACGCCUGAAGUUCAUGCUGGUAAUAUUCUUAAGGAAUUUGCGGAGAAGGGUUUGAUUGUGCCAGUGAAGGAAGAACAAAAGAAAGUCAAAAAGAGAUUUAGAAUCCCCCCUUUUGUGCGUUCUGCUGCAAUUAAACUGGCCAUAGCAAAUGAGUUUUUAGAUUAUGAUUUUGGGGACAACCCAACUGGUAAAUCUUCUGGAUGUGACAGGAUUUUUCUAGUCAAAGGGGGAGGCUCUCACCCACCGGAAGCACCGACGAAGGAUCGGAAUUUGGAAGAAAUAAUGGAAGCAAUCUUCAAUGUUAGCCAACCUUUCCCUGAUUCUGCAUUGGAGUGGUUAGCCAAGAAGGGGGAAGCAGACAUGAGAACUACCAAAGUUGUGGAGUGGUUGCUAAAGCUGAGAAACCUCAAAGUUCUUUACUUGGGGAGGUGGCAGAGUGCAAUUGAUGAGCAGCAAAUUGAAGUUGAAAACCUAGAGUUCUUACAAGGUUUGAAGAAAAUGAAAAAACUGAGGCUUUUGAGCCUCCAAGGGAUUUCUUGGAUCAAUGAGCUUCCAAAUUCCAUAACAUCACUGAGCCAUCUCAGUGUUUUAGACUUGAAAUCUUGUUUCAAUUUGGAGAAACUUCCUCAAGGCAUAGGAUCUCUCAAGAGGCUUACACAUUUGGAUGUCUCUGGUUGCUAUAUGCUUAAUGGGAUGCCCAAGAGUAUAUCUGCACUAACUGAACUGAGAGUCCUGAAGGGUUUUGUUACAGGAAAUUCAAGUCUUAAUGAUCUGAAAGGCUUGAAGAAGCUAAGAAAGUUGAGCAUCAACACAAGCCGCCGUGAUUUCCCUAACAAAACGGAUCUACGUGUUCUCCAAGAUCUUGGGGAGCAUGGUAGCCUUCGAAAUCUCUCAAUCGCAUGGGGUGCGGAAGAGGUGAAGCAACCAUCAUUGAGCAAAUGGGACAUUACACGACAAUUAUCCAAGAAGAUCAGCAAACAAAUAUCCAAGAAAUUGACCAAACAAAGGAAUCAGUCUGGUUGUGUGAUCUUAGAAUUGCCAAAAGAGCUAGAGAAGCUUGAGAUGGAAUGUCUUCCUGAGGAAAAGCUACCCCUAUGGCUAAAUCCUUCAAAAUUGACAAGCCUCAAGAGACUCUACAUUAGAGGAGGGAAACUAGCAGAGCUUGGGAACGAGUCGUGGACUGCCGAGGUUGUUCGUCUGAAAUACAUGAGAGAACUGAAGAUAGACUGGAGAGAACUUCAGAAUUUUUUUCCAAAUUUGAGUUACUUGCAGAGAGUAAAAUGUCCAAGAGUUACUUUCUGUCCCUGUGACGCCAAUGGAGUUUGGAUGAAGCCAUCACAAUAGUGAUAAAAACAAUGGUGGCAUUAAGAAACAGCAAACACUAGAAGAGCUGCUUGUGGUAUCUUAUGGUUCAGCUUGUAUCUUGGUUUCUGCUUGUGAUACAUUAUUAGUUGGUACUUAAUAAAUUUCCAUAUUCAUUAUGAAACUAAACUUAUUGAUUGGCCAAA